GGGAACUCCCCCGCUCGUCACCAGGGCAGACGCGUGACACGUGACCACGUCAAAUAAAAGAGUGGGCUGAAACCUUUAUGGUCUCCAACUGUGCGAGAGGAACGUCCUGCCCGGUGAAAGGAUCAUGCCCCCUGCUCCGGCCAAUGAGUUGGGCUACAAACCCCUGGAUGGUGGUUGGGGAUGGAUGGUGGUGGUUGGGGCCCACAUUUCUAUCGGAUUUGCGUACUCCACGCCCAAAGUCCUCUCCAUCUUCUUCAAAGAGAUCCAAGAAAACCUAGAGGCCAGCUCCAGUGAAAUAGCAUGGAUCUCCUCCAUCAUGCUGGCUGUCAUGUAUGCAGGAGGACCGGUGAGCAGUUUGUUGGUCAAUCACUUUGGAAGCCGGCCAAUUGUCAUGCUGGGGGGGUUGCUGUGUGGAGUCUCUAUGGUAACCGCUUCCUUUGGGAACUCCAUCGUUUACCUCUACCUUUGCAUCGGCGUAAUAGGAGGCUGUGGACUCUCCUUGAACCUCAACGCAUCCCUCACCAUCAUCAGCAAGUAUUUCCUCAUCAAGCGUCCUUUAGCCAACGGACUAGCCAUGGCUGGGAGUCCAGUGUUCCUGUGCAUCCUGGCUCCUGUCAACCAAUAUUUACUGGACAUGUUUGGCUGGAGAGGAAGUCUCCUCAUCCUCGGGGGCCUGAUGUUAAACUGUUGUGUUGCCGGCGCCUUGAUGAGACCCGUCGCUCAGCCUGGAAGGCGCUCCCACGUCCGCGCCUCUGAUGAAGUUGAGAAACCGCCACAUAACACAAAGCCCAAAAUAGAUUGUAUGAACAGGGCUAAGACGUUCAUGGACUUCACCUUUUUCAAGGACAGAGGCUUCGUCAUCUACCUCAUCGGGAACGUUCUGUUCAUCUUCGGUGCCUAUGCGCCCAUUGUGUUCCUGUCCGCCUACGCCAUUGACCAAGGCGUGGAGGAGUACUCCGCAGCCUACCUGCUCUCCAUCAUGGGCUUUGUCGACAUGUUUGUUCGGCCGGCCACUGGCCUGAUAGCUAGCAGCAAGUGGAUCAGGCCCAGGAUCCAGUAUUUCUUCAGCUUCGCCAUGGUUUUCAACGGCACGUGUCACCUGCUGUGUCCGCUGGUCAACAGCUACGCCUUCCUGGUGACGUAUGCCGCGUUUUUCGGCCUGAGCUUCGGGAUGGUUUUUGCCCUGAUAUUUGAGUGUCUGAUGGACCUGAUGGGAAACCAACGCUUCCCCAGUGCGGUGGGACUGGUGACCAUCAUCGAGUGCUUCCCCAUGCUGCUGGGACCGCCUGCCGCAGGGUUACUGGUGGACUUCUUUGACGACUACAGGUACCUUUUCUUCAUGUGUGGCUCAGUGAUUGUGACUGGCGGCCUGUUUCUCUUCGUCAUGAACAUCUACAACUACUACAUGCUGGAUAAGGAGAAGGCAGCAAAGGUCCGAGAGCUGAACCAAAUAACCAUGGAGAACCAGGACCAGGUGAACAUCUCAUCCUAAAGUGCCAAAGCCCAGAGAAAUCCACGAAGGAAGAAAGCACAAAAAUGCCAUAUUAAAUACUGACUUGCCAGUCAGGAGGAGCUGUUUAAUUAUUGCAACCAGAUGAACCGACUAAAGGGGCGCUGGUCAAAGCUAAAACAAAGGAAAACCCUUUUUAAAAUAUGAUGAAAAUAAGGCAUUCCUGUUUUUUUCCCCAUUUAUUUAAUGACUGUUACUGUCUCCAUAGCUGUGUCUCAAUUCAGUGGGUUCCAUCAGUGUAGGACCCAGCCUUCAUGGUAGACCUUCACGGGGGUAUGAUGAUGUUCUAUAGUAUAAUAUAACAAUUUUAUCUGUAGAUACUCAAGUGAAUUCUACUACUUACAUUUAAAUAUGAACUGCGGAACGAGUUCCAGGCGAGUCGCGGCCGAAGUGACGUAUCUGGUUGCCGAAUGCGUCUCAAAGGAUGCAGCCCAAUGAAUUGAGACAUACCCCAAAUCACUUUACUCCUCAUAUAUUAUCAUUAUUAGUGGAAGGUUAAUUAAGAAACAAAAGUCACAAGGAAUACUUGAAUGCACACAGCUUCAAUAUCUCCACUUUUUCUCUCACUUGCUCAUGAAGGAGCACUUCACCGCUUCAUGAAUUGUUGUUGUACAAAACCUCAGGAGACUGUCAUGAGAUAUUCUUCCCUUGAAGUGUUUACAUCAUAAAACUGUCAAUUGGUUUUGCACAUGAAAAAAAUGUGUCUGCCAGCAAAGAUAUGGUAGUAUUUAAAGUGUUACGAGAUGCGUUUCCAGUGCACAACCUGCAAAACCACAAAACCUCAAUUAAAAGCCGAGCCACAGCUUCACUCACCGGAUGCCUCCAUUGGAUUCCGAGUGAGGUAUUUCAAUAUCGACAUGCUAUAUACACAUCUUUAGACUGUCUACAGUUACAGAAAUAAGUCAUUCCAUUCUUGUGAUGUCUACAAACAAGUCGGUGAAGCGCUAAUGAAAAAAUAAACAAUUUGAUGGUAUUUCCCGCCUUUGCUGAAAAAGAGUGAAAUCGAAUCCAAAAUAUACACCGGUGGACUUGGGCUACUGAUUUCAGUUUUACGGUAAUAGUUUUUAUAAAUUUGUUAUUUAAUUUUAACAUCUUUGCUUCAACACAUUAUAAAAUAUAAUAAUUUGACAUUUAGAUGUGACAUUUGUCGUUUGGACGAGAAUAGACUUGCAUGCACUGUUAAUUGAUCUGUUGCUGUGUGUGUUUGUGCACAUGAGGGAAUGUAUUAGUUGGAGUGAGACUUUGUUUAAAAAUAAUCCUGAAUCUAAAUAGUCUAGGUUUUAUAUUCCAAGGUGAUGGCAGCUUUUUGGGAUCCUGUUACCAGAUAAUUUAAAAGCUGUAUUAUGGCUACUACGCACACUCACACUAUGGAUAACACUGUAUUGUUAACCAUAAUAAAUUACUGUUGCAUUUCUUA